UUGAAAGGGCGAGGAGGGCGAUAUUGCUUUAUCGUGUAAAAUUAUUUUAAAUUGUGUUAGCAAAAUAAACGUAACUACUGUAAUAUUAUAUGCGGUGUCUGUAGUUAUAAUGUACCUGUGUAACAAUCGCGGCGUGGCUGCCACAUAGCGCCUGUAUUCAACCUCGUUGGACUAAAUUGUUUUGAUUGAUUUUCGGUAUGUUGAAGUUUAAAAAAAUGGGUUCAGAUAAAGUGCCUCUUCUAUUAGUGACUGCAAACGUCGGAUCUAUCUUCGAAGAUCCAUCCGUCAUGCUACCAAUAUGGACCGCAGAAUUCCUGCAAGCAGUAUCAAGAAUGGACCCCAAAUUCAUAGCCCUGCACUUACAAGAGGUUGGCGGCAAAGCAUACGAGAAAUCAAUGCAAUAUGUGAAGGACUUCGUUCAGAGGCUCUGUGAUUGUCCAGAACUUCGGCUGUUCGAUAAGAUAAGGAUCUAUCUGGAUGAAGACUUCAGCUCGCCGGAGAAGUUUACGGCACUAGGCAACAUGUACUUCGCCCAUACCUCGCUCACGGAUCUCAAGGUGUGGGACUUCGAAAAGAGGAAUUAUGUAGAAGCCUCUGGUAGAGAGGUUAACAGCGGUAAUAUAGAGAAGGUCACUACUAAGGAGAAGGUUAAGUUCCCGCAGCAUUUCUUCCCUGAGUGCAAAUGGUCACGCAAAGGUUUCAUGCGCACGCGCUGGUCGAUCCGCGGAACGGCUGUGGAGUUUGUGAACAUACAUCUGUUUCAUGAUGCUUCUAAUCUGUUGGCUUUAGAGCCUUUUCCGUCUGUAUACUGCCGAAGUCGUCGUCGCGCGUUACGUCACACGUUACGUCAUCUGCACUCGGAUGUUAACGCGGCGCCGUAUUUCAUAUUCGGCGAUUUUAACUUUCGCACCGAUACUGGGGCUGUUGUUAAGAAAGUGACCGAAGAUCUUCAAGCUAGUCGCGUACAAAAUGGCGCCAACGUGGAUUCUUCCAAACUACAAUAUAGAUCUAAAAACGACGAUAGAACUAUACUCACGAUUGGCAAGAAGGAAUUCGCGCAUGUAGACCAUCAGAAGAUAUUUAGGGAGUCUUGGUUGCUAAAAUACGACAGAGAGCUAGAAGCCCUAAAACCGCAUUUAUACGAAUUUCCAGUUAAAUUUCCACCUUCAUACCCAUUUGAAGAAGAUGUGCAUCUACCCACACAUUAUAUGAAGACCAGAUGUCCAGCGUGGUGUGAUAGAAUUCUUUUGUCUCAAUCUGCGAGAUUAUUGGUGCAAGAUCGUUCAGAAAAUAGAGUCCAUAACUCCAGGAAAUCGGUAACCGAUUCAACGGAUAGUGGCAGUGGAAGAUUGUCAUCAUCAGAUAGCAGUCCGGCUAGAUCUGCUUCUCCGGCAAGGCAUAAUCAGUGGAGUCCCGGAAAAAAGCUGGAAAAGAAAGGCAGCAUGGCUGAAAUAGACGCUCUCAGUGUGCCCGGCAACACUGUCAGCAGGAAGAGCAUCGCCGACCCCACUAGCGUGCAGCAGGCUAUUAGCGCCAGAGUAUCCGACUCAGAAACGUCACCGUCCCGUCGCAAACUUGUCCGCAACCAAUCCGAAGGGUCACCGAAAACUGGUGACACUUCGGAAUUGAGACGUUUAAUAGAUGUGCCGACUAGACGACGCAAUGAAUACGGUGUGAUUGGUGACGCUACGUGUAUGGGGGAUCAUAAGCCGAUAUAUUUACGAGUGAUGCUGCAAAGCGACCGAGGUACAGUAGCGUGUUGUGAGAAUAGAUUGCCGUGUGUAUUAUGCUCUUGCGCACGACUAACCCCCACCCCUAGGCCAAAACUUCCCAGACUACCCACAGACCCAGACCUGUACUCAACAAAAAACCCCAAAACCAUUCUAUCCGGCAGCCACCCGGACAAACUAUUAUCCGACGAAUACAGAUUAAAAAGAACCCGCACGGGAUCGUUAAACGAAAAAAUCUUAAGAAUACCAUACGUCGAAAUCACUAGUGCUGACUAUUCGAGUUAUCACGAUAUAUUCGUUAACGAUAUAGAUACAACACUAUUGAGUGCGAGACAAUGCCUCGAUCCGUAUACCCCAGAAAGUAUCGAUUCACAUUCCCCAGUCGAUGCAUCCGGCUCGGAGGACCAAACGGAAAUAAUCGAUGCCAAUAUCGAUUUGAAAUCGAAAUUUAAUCGGGAUCGCAGCGUGUCGCCGACGCAAUUGAAGAAUCGAUUGGAUCGAUUGUUGAGUGCAAACGACGAUGUUCCUAAAUUGCAAAGGUUGGAUAGUAAAGAGUCGUGCAAGUCGGAUAAUAGUAGGAAGGGAGGGUUGUGUUGUUUGGCGCUCAAAUGUUACGGUUUUUGUAGACGACGCGCUCGUAAAGUUAAUUGUAGCUGCUUUAAUUGCACUUGAUUUUUUGUCUGUGGAAAUUGAACUGUGACGUAUAAUGUUUGACUUUGUUGUAAAAUUUAGAAGAUCGUUACGAUGACGUAUUAAAGCAGUAUUAUUUCCAGUUUGCGUGCAAGACGACGAAUAUAGUAAUUCUCUCAUACUGGAAAUAAUACUGAUUUUAGAUAUGGUAAUUCCACAGUUGUGACGUAAUUCAAUCAGAUUGUGUUAUUUGGAAUGAUUAACAUUCCGAUCGUUUAGAUUUUUUGACGUUGUUCGGUCGAGUUGAAUGAACUUUGAAUUUGAAAUUAGUUUUCUUGAAUAAGAAUUGAUGUUGUUCAUUUGUGUUCGAUAUACUUUGAAUGUGCAAUAAAAUGGACGUAAUUCAAUUCGACCUGCACUUGAAUUUGGAGUAAGUAGUUUAAAUUCCAAGAUGACAUUUUCUGACUCAAUCUGAUUGAAUGAAAUGUGAACAUUUUAAUUUCCAAAGGCUGUAGUUUAGAUAUUUUUAUUACCAGUGUUACUGCUGAAUCUGACGCUUAAGCGACGGGCAUGCAUUUAUUACGCAUGCAUUUAAUGCAAUCUGAACCAAUUUAUACUUAAUUUAGUACUUAUUUUUAAGAGUUUUAUAGACUAGUCGAAUGCACGGCAAACAAUUAUGAGUAUUUCGUAUAAAUUAAACGCAUUUGACUUUCUUUGAUUUGAAAUGCAGUUUUUAAAGCUGUGCUUAUUUAAGAAAUUAUACCAAAUCUUUGUCAUUCUAGUCUAGUUUUACUCAAGUUAAUCGUUUGUCCCUUUCUGGUGCUAUCAACGUGUAGGUGUGAAAGGGAUAAAAGUAUAGUUAUUGUACUCAGUGUAUAAAAGUAUUAUAUUUAGACUUAUAUUAAGGUUAAAAUUAACAUUUGACAGAUAUCUCAAAAACACCAGUAAUUAUUGCUUAAAUAAUUUUGUACUUAAAGUGAUAACUUAAAAUUAUACAAAUGCGGGUAUUUGUACUUUUUAUAACAUUGUGUACGCGAACGCUCAGUCACGACUCGAACGUCGUAGCGAGCGGUUGUGUGGACACGUUUUCAUUUGAAUUUCGACUGACAUAACUUGCAUUUUUAACAAGUUCAUUUAACAGUAAAUGUUUCUAGUCGUAAUUUUUUUAA